CUGGCAGCUGUCCCAGCACCUGUCUGUCCUGUAGGAGGCGGCGAUGGCUCCGCGCCCCGCUGCUGCCCUCAGGCUGCGACUGGCACCCCAACCAGGAACCGCUGCAGGAGGCAUGGGAGACCUCUGCAGAUGUCAUUCUUGUAGCUGUGGAAAGCUUUAUCAGCCCUUGCUGAGGCUUUCCCCUGCACACAGCGCUCAAGGCUGGAGCUGUAGUGGAGGAAAAUGGAGCCUGUAGAUCUCCUGGCAUUUGCCUCCCUAGAAAUGAACCAUACCACUGUCACCCUGGCUUUGCUGGCAGUCUUCCUGGUCCUGCUGUAUUGGUACUCCACAUCUGCAUUCUCCAAACUAAGCAGAGCAGGGAUCCGACAUCCUCCACCUCUUCCUUUCAUUGGAAAUCUGCUCUUUUUCCAAGAGGGUUUUUGGGAAAGCCACACAAAACUCAUAACAGAGUAUGGACCUGUUUGUGGGUAUUAUAUUGGUCGCCAGAUGUUUGUGGUGGUCUCCUCACCAGAGAUGAUCAAGCAAAUCUUAGUGACAGAUUUCAGUAACUUCACCAACAGAACUAGACCAAACUUGAUGUCCAAGCCAAUGCUUGAUAGCAUCCUUUGUCUUCGUGAUGACAGAUGGAAGUAUGUGCGGAGCCUCCUGACCCCAGCCUUCAGCGACACCAAACUGAAAGAGAUGACACCACUGAUAAACCAGGCCUGUGACAUCCUGCUGUGUAACUUGAAAGUCUAUGCAGAUUCUGGCAAAGCUUUUGAUAUCCAGAGGUGUUACAACUGCUUUACCUUGGAUGUCGUUGGUAGCGUAGCUUUUGGUAUUGAGGUGGAUUCUCAGAAGAAUCCUGAUGACCCCUUUGUUAAGAACUGCAGAACAUACUUUGAAAUGUCUUUGUUUAAGCCUCUUCUCAUUCUAAUCCUUGCUUUCCCAUUCAUAAUGAUCCCAUUGCUACGCAUUUUUCCCAAAAAGAAACAAAAGGAACUGAAUGGAUUUUUUAUCCAAACCAUAAAAAAUGCAAUUGUCUACAGACACCAGCAAGAUGCAGCUGAGAGGCGUGGGGAUUUCCUCCAGUGGAUGCUGGACGCCUGCGGCCCGGCCGGCUCCCUGGCAGCCGCGUGCUCGGCCGUGCCCGGCCCAUCUGCUGCCCCCAGACACAGCCCGGCGCCUCUGGCUGGCACGGCCCCGUCGGAGAAGGCUCAGGAGACGCUGACAGAGGAUGAGAUAGCAGGCCAAGCUUUCCUGUUCCUGAUCGCUGGCUAUGAGACCACCACGAGCGCGCUGUCCUUUGCCACCUACCUGCUGGCCACCAACCCGGAGUGCCAGGAGAAGGUGCUUCAGGAGGUCGAUGAGUUCUCUGCAAAACAAAUGGUCCCUGAUUUCCAAAAUGUACAAGAGCUCCCUUAUCUGGACAUGGUGAUUGCAGAAACGUUGCGCAUGUAUCCACCUGCAUUCAGAUUCACUAGGGAAGCAGCUAAAGACUGUGUAGUGCUGGGGCAACAUAUUCCAGCUGGAGCUGUCAUUGAAACUGCAGUUGGACACCUUCACCACGACCCUGAGUUCUGGCCAGAACCUGAGAAGUUCAUUCCUGAGAGGUUUACAGAGGAGGCCAAGAAGGAACGACAUCCCUUUGCAUAUCUGCCCUUUGGGGCAGGACCCCGUGGCUGCAUUGGCAUGAAAAUGGGUUUGUUGGAGACAAAAAUGACUCUGCUGAGGAUUUUGCAGAAGUUUAAAUUCAAGACCUGCCCAGAGACUGAGAUUCCUUUGCAGCUUAAAUCAAAAGCCACACUUGGACCAAAAAAUGGAGUCUACAUUAUUCUGGAAUCUCGCUAAAAAGGAAAUGUACAUCCUGAAGCUUUCUGGAAUGAGACCCUUUGUUAGUGGCUCACUGGGUAUAAUUAUUUUUCAAAACUCCAAGGACAGAUAGGAGCCUAACUCCCUCUGUGAUGGUCAGUAGGUGCUUCCUCACUGCCCUCCUGUGGGAUGGCCUCCAGACACUUCUUAAAAUGGACUCCACAGUCUUUUUUGGAGGUUUUCAAAUUGCUGUGAAUAGCAUCUGUAAAGAAGCAUCCCACUUUCAUUUGCUUUUCUACAUCACACUUAUUUUCACUUACCUAUGAGAAGGCUUUCCUCCUGUGAAGUUUCCACAAUUUACAGUAGAUUUUAAUUUCAAUUCAUUGUAUGACACAUCCUUCUCAUGCACUGGUGAGUCCCUAGAGAAAGCCCCAAAGGCAUCACAGUUACAGCACAAGACCUGGGACACAGUGCAUUGGAUUUUUUCAUGAGCUGCACUAACAAUCAAAGCUGAGGCUCCUGUACAAUGCUUAAUCCCUACCUGUGUCUGUAAAGCUGGAGAAGUUGCACCUCCUUCAUGCUUUCAAGUGAUUUUAAAUACACUUAGACUAACAAUUUGCACUUGGCACAUUCCAUCGAUAUGACAGAAGAAGAAUGAAGAGUUACCUGGCUUACCAAUAAAGUUCCAGCAGCUAAGACCAAAGAAAUGAGGUGACAGCCACUUUGCUGGCUGCUGAACUGCUGUUGGAAAGGUGGAGACAAAGGAAAUAUGAAUUUAAAGCACACAGGAGGACUGGAGGAAAUUUAAAGGUAAUCAGGUGUUGCUACCACUUCUGCUUCAUGGGGAGACCUUUCCUUUCCAAACAUUGCAGUUGGCAACAUCCCUGUCUAGCUCCUUAAAUCAAGGAAAUUAUGAGCAUGCAUGCACUAGAGCCAGUGGCAAAGGAGUGGGAUCCAGGAUCAUCAGACCCAGCAGCUCUCUUGACUCCUUCUGUGACACUGGAGCACAUCACGUAUCAAGUGCCUCCCCCUCCUAAGGAAGGAACUUGUCUGAUUGCCAGCUGCAGCAGCCCCAUGGAUCCGUUCAAGCUCUGUGGCUGCACAGGCAUCUUCCCAGCCAAAACAGCCGUAGCUUUUACUCCUCACAUUUCCUCUGUCCUCCUCCUCUGCAAAGCCUUCACCUGCCACACAGCUAGUGUUGCACAUGAAGCUGGGAGGGGACACACCUGGGCCAGCUGACUCCCACUGAACACAGGGACAUUCCAUACCCUAUGGCACCAUGCUCAGCACAUAAAACUAGGGGAAGAAGAGGGAAGGGGAAUGACAUUCAAAGUGAUGGCAUUUGCCUUCCCAAGUCACUGUUAUGCCUGCUGGAGCUCUGCGUCCUGGGGUGGUGGAACGCCUGGCUGCACAUGGGAAAUGGUGAAUGAAUUCCUUGGUUUGUGUGUGGCUAUUGCUUUACCUAUUAAAUUGUCUUUAUCUCAA